AACUCGGCAAACUCCGAACCGAAUCCGAACACUGAAUGACGGUGUACUGGUGACUGGUGUAUAACUAUACAUUUUACGUAGUUUUACGUUCAUGCAAAUCGCGGAUAAAGCAGACGUGCCGCUCCCUUCACCCAGUAAAAUUUUUACCACUGAAACCUAUACCUAGACUGUACCAAAAUUGUCAACACACCAUAAAAAAAAUUCAAUAAAAAUUAGAAGCGACUUUCACCGGAAACAUUAAUAACCUGAUUAAACGAAUCAAGGGUUGUGGAAUCAUCCCGCAUAUCAGUGAUUGAUCUCACAAUGCAUCCGUGUGCAUGGUCAGUAUCAGAUAUAUCUGUGUGAUGUACCGAGUGGCUGAGUUAAGUGACAAAGCAGAAGCGUCGGCUCCCACUCGAAACUAUUAUCCCAUUCGAGAUUACAUUGGACCGGGAACUAGCCACUUGAUUUAGUUGCCGCAGGGACACCAAAGCGGUAAAUACGGAGUCGCAAAUCCUGCUUCGCAUCAUUUAUCGCCAGGAUUUCGAUUUAAAAAUGGUGCAGCAAGAUUUGACUUAGAUCGAACAGGACUUACAAAUGGGUGAUAGUCCAGCGAUGGCUCAGGGAUGCUCAUUGGUGUGAGUUCCGAGCGAGCUAAGAACUUUGAGUGAGUCCGGUGCAGUGUUGUGUAGUGUCUAGUCAUAGUGCAAGUGUGUGAGUGUUGUCCGACCCGGAAUGCCCUCCGCCAUGUUGUCCGCCGUGCUCGAAGAGGAGCCGGAUCUGUAUGAGGCAUUCCCCCCACAUGUUGACCCAACUGGUAUUACAAUCCUGACUGAUAGCCCUCCAGGCAAGAAGGCGCCUCUCAAGACCUAUGAGGAGGUGCAGCCGCUCCUCCAGCAGGGCCGCAAGCGCGAUCUCAAGCUCGUCAUCCGCGAAAAUUCGUGGCCCAUCAACAGCCCCGUGCGUGCCGCGCUCUGGCCCGCGCUCUGCCGCCAGCACCAGCAUGGCAAGUCAAUGCUCGACGGCUUCUACUGGGACAUGGUCACGCAGGUGUUCGGUACAGUGGAACUGCCGGACAAGCCGAUCAUGCUGCCACCGUUCGUGGAGGCGACGCACUGCCUCGGUUACCACCUGACGCGCAAGGGGCGCGCGGUUGCUGAUCGUGUCGUCUCCGUACUGGGCUACGCAUGCCCCGACAUCACCUACAGUCCUAGUCUGUACCCCAUCACUGCGGCACUGCUGCAUUUCAUGCCUGAAGAGGAAUGCUACCAUUGCAUGGCGAGCCUGGUGGCGUCCAAGGAGAAGAUGUUCAUCACACAGACCAAACUGCACAACGAGGUCACCUGGAAGACGGUCAUGCAGAUCGCCAAGAAACAUGCCAAGUCAGCCGCGCAGCAGCUGUCGCGACUGUCGGGCGCCAUAGGGCCAGAGCGUAUCUACGCCGACUGGCAGUGGUGGAUUCUCGCCGCGCUGCCCUUCCCGCACCUCGUGCGCGUCCUCGACUGCUUCUUUAAUGAGGGCAUUAAGGUGUUCUACAGGGUAGCGCUGGCUAUCUUGAUCCUGUUUCACAAGCACUGCGCCAACACGAGCUCGGAGUGGUACGCGGAGGCCAGCAAGAGCGGCGUCGACCACGCCAUCGACAAGUUCUGCCGUAACAUGCCCGCCUCACCCACCAAGCUGCUCCGCACCGCAUUCAGCAUACGGGCAUUGAGUUCACAGUACAUAUCACGGGUAUUCAUAAAGACGGAGAUGACGUUGAAGUCCAAGCAAGUGAUAACUGGCUCGCGGCUGGUGCGGUCGCGCUCUUCCGACAAUCUGCCCACCAGCCAGUCGCAGGUCAACAUACAGAUGAUGUCCCAUACCCUCACCAUACGAGAGAGAAUGUCUGAGGAAACGUGCAAACAAAUGGGCUCCCACUCGCCGGGCCCGCGCGCCCUUUCGAUGGGCGUUUACCCAAUACAAACGAUCAAGUCGCAGAUUCUAGACCUGAGCGAAUUGUUCACUCUAUGGUCGUGGCUGCCGGUGAGGAUCACGAUGUACCAGCCGGUACUGCUGUACACUACGGAAGAGCACGGCUGCUCGCUGACCACCUUUUACGUUCGUGUUGAACAUCACGAACCUACGUUGCUAAUGAUAAAGACGUGCAAUAACGAAGUGUUUGGUGCGUAUUGUUCUACGCGAUGGUUCGAACGCAACCAGAAGGACGAGCGCGGCAACAGACAGGCGUACUUCGGUACAGGAGAGACAUUCCUCUUCAGCCUUUACCCGGAGCGCGCCAAGUACCCGUGGGUGGGGUGCUCGGCCAAUGCGGUGGGCGCGGGCGCGGAGGGCAAGGGAGAGGAGCACCGCGUCGCCCACGGCUCUGAGCUCUUCAUGGCCGCGGACUCCAAGAUGAUCACCAUCGGCGGCGGUGACGGGCAAGCGAUCUGGAUGGACGAGAACAUUAGGUUCGGCAAAACUGACCGCUGCUCCACAUUCAACAACCCGCCGCUCUGCCCCAGCGGGGACUUCGAGAUACGAGUCCUCGAGGUGUACGGCUUCUCCGGAGCUUAACUCAGCAACAACCCCACCACGGAGAGCAAUCUCGUAUAACUGUACUCUUCUUGUUCCCCAUUCACGUCUCAUCCUGAGGAGUAGCCUCUCACUCGAUUCUAUUCGAUUAUCCACAAUGUCGGACGAUUAAUAAAUGAUUAAUCGAUGUGCUACAUAAAAGAUUACUCGUUUUUUGCUGAAUAAUCGAUAUUUGUUAGUCGGAUUGAGUUUCGCCUAAUUUGUUGUACUGUAUGUCAGUAAAGGUAUAUACCAUUCUGUUAUUUGCAAUAACUUUACCCGCGAACUUGUGUUCAGUUUUUAUUGACUGAAUUUUGUUGUCGUUUUAAAAUAUUUGCAAUUUUUAGGUGGUCAAGGUUUCAUACAAAUUUUCUUGGAUCUCUCGAUUUAUUUAAUCGUAAUAAAUCUUCGCAAUCGUGAUGUUUUAUUUUGAAAUAUAAUUAUUUUAUUAUCUUUUACAAUUGUAUUUUAACAUUUGUACUAAUAUUUCAGUAAAAUAAUAAUCCGAUGUAUUGACCUUAGCCGUGCUAAAAAAAAACUCUCUUAACUUGUCAUUGUGUGACCCCGUAGCCAUUAUCUGUCAACACAGUCCGUUCAAGACAACGAAAACGGGGACUUAGGUUGUUUCUAAAUAUAUUUAUAUAUUUAAUCGUGUUUAGUGUUUCGUGUAAGUACAAAAUAGAUGUCGUGCCUACUCGAAGUUAUUACGCUUAAAAUAAAAGCAAUAUAUAUAUGUCCGUGCGGACUUGUACGGUAUAUCGAUGUGAACAUUCCAGUGAUCGCCUUAUGGUCUAUACGAUCGACCAUAAUGAAAUAAUCAAUGGGAUUCAUUAAAAAAUUAACCUUAAUACGUUAGGCGUAACGUUGAAAAUUUGUUGGCAACGAUAGUAUUCCGUGUUAUUGAGCAUCAUUGUCGCUUUAAGGCUUGUCGUUUAUAUUACAUUCGUACAGAUUAUAUUCGAUUGUCUUUGCUCACAAAUUAUGUACCAAAGAUGUUAUUAGUAAGGGGCUUAGUCUUGUUUCAAAUGUUCCAUAGACAUUUUCUAAUUUUUUUUUCCAAAUUGCACGUAUUUAACAAACACGUACAUUAAAUCUGUACAGGUGAUGUAAUAAAGAGGCUUUAUUUUUAACUCAAACAAAUAAUGCAUCCAAAGAUGUAAUUAAACAAUUUUUUAAUAAAUUUUGUUUAAUAAGAAAAGAGACAGGUUAAAAAUAAAUGUCUAUGGUAACAUUUCAAAUGGUCGUUUACGUGGGGAUACUAAGAAAUCAAGUAUUGCCACAUCAUAAAUUUAAAAUUUCCUGCGAUAUCAGAUAAAAUGGCUUAAAUUUAAUAAAAAAAAAUUUCUUAUAAGCCUAUAAAUGUAGCGUUGGGUGUUGCCAUACCACGCGUCGCAUAGUAUUAUUUACACAUAUUUGGACGAUAAUGUGCCAAAAAUGGACAAUUUCAAUAAAAAUAUACAAAUUGGAUGGAUUUUGGCUAUCGUAAAGUAUUGUUGAAAUUUCGCUUUUAAUAUUUAUACGAAUAAGUAUUUACACAUUUCUCUCGUAUAUUUCACUUUUAUGACGAAACUUGAAGUGGAUAAUUAUUAAAAAUUUAAAGUAAAAUUAUGCUCUAACGUUAAGAUUUGAUGAUAUAAAAAGCAAUGCAAUAUAUUAAAGUGUUUAAUGUCACAAGUUAUAAAAGAUACAUAUCCCUACCAGUACAAAUGGGGGUUCACUACGCGUUCAUAUCAUUCGCGGGCUUGUUCUGUCUACGCUUCUUUUUUGUAAAUAUUAUUUCUCCUUAUCCUUUUACUUUGCACAUUGCACUGUCUUA